AUAUACUUAAUUUUUUAACUUUGCAGAAGAAAUAAUCUCUGGAACUAAAGCCUUUGGAACUUAACUGAGUGGAUACAUAUGCUGCUUGAAUAAUUAUGCAUCACCUUAGGCUGGAGGACCUGAUUGGAUGCCAGAGGAGAAUCAGUUUUAGAAGUGUGUGAAGGUUGUUAUCACUUACCUUAGAAUAUUCGAAAUAGACACCAGGGGCCAGUUCUCUCCUCAGGUUAGCUCAAGAUGGCAGACCAGAGGCAACGCUCCCUCUCUACCUCUGGGGAGUCAUUAUACCACGUGCUGGGGCUGGACAAAAAUGCCACUUCAGAUGAUAUCAAAAAAUCUUACAGGAAACUGGCAUUGAAAUAUCAUCCUGAUAAAAACCCUGAUAAUCCAGAGGCAGCAGAAAAAUUUAAAGAGAUCAAUAAUGCCCACGCAAUAUUGACUGAUGCCACAAAGCGGAACAUUUACGAUAAGUAUGGGUCUCUGGGGCUCUAUGUAGCAGAGCAGUUUGGUGAAGAAAAUGUGAACACAUACUUCGUGCUGUCCAGCUGGUGGGCAAAGGCCUUGUUUGUGUUCUGUGGGCUCAUCACAGGCUGCUACUGCUGCUGCUGUCUGUGCUGCUGCUGUAAUUGUUGCUGUGGGAAGUGUAAACCAAAACCUCCCGAAGGCGAAGAGCAGGAAUUCUACGUCUCUCCAGAGGACUUGGAGGCACAGUUGCAGUCAGAUGAAAGGGAGGCCUCAGAUGCACCUAUUGUGAUACAGCCAGCAUCAGCCACAGAGACAACCCAGCUCACAGCUGACUCUCACCCCAGCUACCACACUGAUGGAUUUAAUUAAGUUAAGGAAACACUGUCAUUAGAAUGGAUAAAAAAAAAAAAAUACAUGGCCAACUCAACACUAGAAUCAUGAACAUUAGAAGUAGAGAACGGGGAGGGGAAAUAAUUCUGCCACAGUAAGAAGGCAGCUUUCCAACCUGCCGAAAAUAUUUUGUAAUCCCUUCAGCCUUUUGUCACCUUUCAGUGUCGUAUCUCGACGAUACGUGAAGUGCUGUAGCAUGCAGUAUUUAAAGCAGUUUAGCUACGGUCUUAUUUGUUUCCUUUUGUUUUUCUUCUGUUUUGUUUUGGUUUUUUUUUUUUUAGUAGCAUGUAUGGAGUUAUGUUAAAUGUCUGUGGUGUAACGUAUUGAGUUGUCACAAUAUCAGUGCGAUGGAGACAUUCUGCAUUUUAAGCAGCAGUAUUGGCCUAAAAAUGAGAUUUAAAAAGUGUCACAGAUGCCACUGCUCUUCUGUACAGCUGAGCUGUCGAAGACCUUAGAAGUUGAGGAUUUUCAUUUGAGUGCAACAAACCAGUUCUUUCAUUCCUCCUUCUAUUCCUGCGUUAUUAUCUAAGCAAGUUUACAAAGCCAAGAACCAAAAAAUGCCAGUCCUGCAGAGCUGGAGUCCUCUCUAAUGCUGGUUUUCAGCUUAAAUAAAUCUACCUUG